AUGUUCAGAUCAACCACGUUGUCCAAUACGCAAGGAGCCAUCGACGGUCCGUCCGUUGGGCUAGAUAAUAUUACAGAAGGAGAGCACGAAUUGAAGUUGGAGGAAGAGCUAGAUCGUACUCAAUCACCACCCCCUAGAUACCCUAAUUCAGAGCCAUCGCAUUCUACGCCUUCUUCACCACGACCCCCACCCUUUUCUUCCCUUUAUACUUCAACUGCCGAAGCUGUCGAGGCUUACAAGGUUGCCGUCACUGAAGCAGGCGCAUCUCUAUCUACAUCUCCUGCUGCUCCGGAAUACGUACCUGUCGCGUCCGAUCACAAUCGACAAUCUCACGAAGCUUCUACUUCCUCAAGAGACGUCGAGGCGGAAACAAAAGCUGCACUACCGCAGGACACUAAAGGCGAAUCCUCAAAGAAAGACGACGAAAACGAGCCACCACCUGCAUAUUCAGAAGGUUCAAGUCCACUCGACGGAUUCACAUAUCUGAUGGCGGCCGCCGGAGGAGCUGCGAGUAUUAUUACUCAAGUGCAGCAAGGUGCAGCACCUAUAAACACUCUCGGAGAUGUCGGCGCAGAUGAGAACAUCACCAUGGACCUUCGGGGCACUCGAUUUACAUUGUCUAGAGAUGAACUCUUAACACUUCCUGAAUUCGUCCUCCUAUCUCUCUUUCCCAAUGGGGAUGCUUUCCAGGUUGAUUACGAUCCUGCAUCCUUACAAUACAUGCUUGAAUUCUUUCGCAACGUGGCGCAAACCAUUCCAUCGGGUUCAAACUCACCGGGACCAGACGCAGACGCUAUACCAAUUGAACCAAUGGCAGGGUCCGCCAGGGAGAUGUUACAAGAUAGAGCCGGGAUAAUUGUUUUGAGGGAAGACUUGGACUUCUAUGCAAUUCCUCCUAGACCUGAUAUCGAACAACCGGAGAUGAUAGAGGUGAAGAGAGCGGCUGGGAAGGCAUUGUUGAAACAAGAUGGUAUAUUUUCUGGAUUGAGAAGAAGUGAAGAAACAGGCACGACGGAACAACAUUUGAUUGAAAUGUUGACUGCUGGAGGUUUCAACCAUGACGAUCAUUGGGGUCACCGAGCAGGAGAACCAAACAAGGCUGUCAUAUGCAGUCUCGCAUUAGCUCGCCUCCGAAACUGUAUCCGUGGCAACGAGAUGGGUAGUAAUGCUGUAGGUAUGGCACAAAAGCUUCUGCUUUUCUGGAGAAAACCUGCAAGAAGAUGUUGGUGGGAAGGUGUCGAACUGGAGAAUGUAGAAGGUGUGGAGGGAAAAUUAAAGGUGUGGAUUCGAAGAGUGUGGACGUUGGAGAUGAGUGUUAUCGGCUUACGUUGA